AUGGCUGCAGAUCUGGUUGAUAUGACGCUCCAAGUUUCGGGAGAAUCUAAAGCAGUGAUAGUCUACAAUGAGGAUGAGAUUAACAACAAGGCUGUGGUAAUUGAAGGGUGUUCUGACUCCGGCUUCUAUUUAUUGGGUGUGCCAAAAUCGGUGACUAUUGAGAAAUGUAAUCGUUGUCUGAUUGUGAUUCCUGCUUGCAAAGGAAGGUAAUGUUAUCUGUUUCUUUAACCAUCUUUUAGUAUUUUCUACCGAUCCUCGAACAAUGGUACUAUCUUUGCUUGCUGUCAGCAAUUCAGAGCUAAGCAAAGUGAUUUCCUUUUUUACGGGUUUGUCUCUACGGACCCCAUUAUAGAAAAUUGUAAUGCCGUAUUUCAAGAGAUUACAUCGGUUAUUUCAGGAAUGGAUGGUAUGCUUGCUUGGUAUUGAUAUAUCAUUUUAGAAUGGCUCCAUAAAGCGGGAUUGGCUGGCAAGCCUAAUAAGACGAAACAAGUUCGUGAUUUUACUCCUGAAGUGUCUGAGCUCAUUGUUAAUGAUGCUGCUCAAGUUCCCACAGACUCAUAUCUCCCGUCAAUGUAUCAUGAUGAAUGUCGACAACUGGAGAAGGACAAGGGAAUUUGUUUGGUUAAAGACAAUGGCUAA